AUGGCCGACCAACACCUUCCUAUCUUUCCACCCGAGAUCAUCCACAUGAUCAUCGACCACCUUCCCCCUGCGGCAUUGGCUCACACCUCAACAGUUGACCGCGCGUGGCUCGAGCAUGUCCGUGCGCUUCCCGUCUGGUCGACCAUGUGCCAAAAUGGAGGCUACGACAUCACCAACCCGCCCGUCGCCCACGCAAUGACAGCAGUAUGCCUCCGGUCUGGAUAUAUCUGCGGUCGCUGUUCUUCCGUCACUAAAGGGCGACCACUCCCUUCUGACAUGCCGCUCGCGACUGCCAUCCAAGGUGGACCAACUCUAUCACUUUGCUGUCGCUGCCGCACCAACGAAAUGGGUCACAAUUUCCGGUUCCGCGGCGAGACCAUCAGCUAUGUCGACGGGACCAACACCGUCUCUGAGCGACAAGAGGAUGUUAACCGAGGACUUGUCGCGAUCAUGACUUUGAUCCCUAUAUACGCCAUCACCAAGUCAGAUCUGGUGAUGGCAGGAGUUGACGCUGUCGCCACAGAGCCUCAUCACACGGUUAUCCCGACAGAGCUGUAUUUUCGCGCGGAGGUUCAGGAUGUCGCCAAACGCAUCCACGGCGGGUGGAACGGCAUCGACGCAGCGCGUAACCCUAGGAGAGAAUUGGACAGACGACGAUCUUACGACAGAAGACUCCAGGCUCUUCAGGCUUUGCAGCAGAUCUAG